UCUACUUCCAACUCACACUUCACUACUCCCUCAUCGUAUCUCUCUCUUCCAUUUUCUCUAUCUAGUUCUCUUUUUCAUUUUCUCUAUCUAGUUUUCUCUAUCCAAAAAAAAAUCUAGUUCUCUCUUUCUUUCUUUGUUUUGAACGAUGAUGAAGUGUGUGCAGAGCUGGCCUGAGCCGAUUGUUCGAGUCCAGUCCCUCGCCCAAAGCGGGAUGACAAAAAUCCCGGAGCACUACAUCAAGCCCCCUUCCAAACGACCCUCGAAUGUUGACAAUACCACCGUCAACAUCCCAGUCAUCGACAUGCAGUCCCUGACCGGAGACGACCAGGGCCUGCGUGAGACCACGCUGCAGCUGGUCUCGAACGCCUGUAGGGAGUGGGGGUUCUUCCAGGUGGUGAACCAUGGUGUGAGCCACGAGCUGAUGAAGCGGGCGAGGGAGACGUGGAGGGAGUUCUUCGAGCAGCCGCUGGGGGUGAAGCAGGAGUACUCCAACGACCCGAGCACCUAUGAAGGGUACGGAAGUCGGCUGGGAGUGGAGAAGGGGGCGAUUCUGGAUUGGAGUGACUAUUACUUUCUUCAUUACUUGCCUCCGGCAUUGAGGAAGCCCCACAAAUGGCCUGCUCUCCCAUCUUCAUGCAGGGAUUUGAUCGAAGAAUACGGUGAGGAAGCUACUAAACUAUGUGGAAGACUGGUGAAGAUGCUGUCACUAAACCUUGGGCUAGGGGAAGACUACCUCCCCAAUGCUUUCGGAGGAGAGAACGUUGGGGCAUGCUUAAGGGUCAAUUUCUAUCCAAGAUGUCCCCAACCAGACCUAACCCUUGGAAUCUCGCCACACUCGGACCCCGGCGGGAUGACCCUUCUCCUGCCCGACGAGGACGUUGCCGGACUUCAAGUUCGUAAAGGUGACAAUUGGGUGACUGUGAAACCCGUUCCAAAUGCCUUCAUUGUGAACAUGGGAGACCAAAUGCAGGUUCUGAGCAACGCCAUAUACAAAAGCGUAGAGCACAGAGUGAUUGUGAAUUCAGUCAAGGAUCGGGUUUCUCUGGCCAUGUUCUAUAACCCCAAGAGCGAUCUGCUGAUCGAACCGGCCAAGGCUCUUGUCACGAUGGACCGGCCGGCUCUCUACCCGGCGAUGACGUUCGAUGAGUACCGCAUUUACAUUAGGACCAAGGGGCUCUGUGGCAAGGCACAAGUUGAAUCGUUGAAAACUCAUGAAUAACGUACAUAUGCAUCUUUCUAUGUAUUUGCUUAAUUAAGAUCGGCAUGAAUAUGGAGGCUAAUAUUGUUGCACAGAAUAAUUCAAUGCUAAUGUACGUAGUUAUAUGUUCCAAAGAAUUGAACUACUUGAAUUAUUGUACCCGGCGAGUCAAUGAACAAAUUGCAAGUAUAUAUUAUGAA